AGUGCGCGCCCGCCGCCUGGCUCGCCCCGCCCGCCACGCCAUACCUGCUAGACUUCGUGCGCCCCGACCUGCUCAUGCUGCGCGUCAUCGCUAGAGGUCUGAUCCUGUGGGACAGCAUUGAAGCGUCUGAGGAGUGGGUGGAGGAGCAGGUGCCGGCCACCAUCCGGCCGUACUGCUUCGUCAAACCCAGUGACGACAACAUCGAUUACGAGGCCAUGAACCAAGCGUACUGCAACAUAAUAUCUGGUGCGUGCUUCGCGCUGGGGCUGCGGUUCGCGGGGUCGGGUGACGAGGACGCGCUGGAGGCGGUGCUGUCGAGCGCGCGCAGACUGCUGGGCGCGCCCGGCCGCCGCCUCGCACACCUCGCCGGCGCAGCCACCAUCGAGACCUGCCUCUGCGUCUGUCUGCUCGCCGCCGGCAUGAUAAUGAGCGGGCGCGGUGACCUGCGCGUGCUGCGGCUGUGUCGGCGGCUGCGCGCGCGCAUCGCCGUGCGCGGGCCGCAGUCCUCCGCCUCGCAGCCGCACGCCCUCUCGCACGGCGCACAGAUGGCGGUGCACUGCACUGUGGGGCUGCUGUUCCUGGCGGGCGGGCGCGGCACGCUGAGCACCUCGCGCACAGCAGUCGCCGCACUCCUCAUCGCCUUCUUCCCCAAGUUCCCCACACACAGCGAGGACAACAGGUCCGUCACAUCUGCUC